AUGGGAAGCUCCAAUAACAGCCCGUUUCCACCACAUGCGAUCCUCGCAAGCAGCGCACGCCCAGUGGAAGCAUUGCAACUGGAGAUUUUGCAAGAGAAUAUCCUCCACCAGCUCAAGAUACUCGUCGAGUUUCAGGGACAGAUAGCAACUGCAAGGGAGCCAAUCGCCUCCGAAUGGAUUUACACCGGCAUAUUGGAGAUACUGGGCCUCGCUCUAGCAGCCUUGUUCGGCGCAUUCACUGUUCUCGCCUGGCAGAACGCGAAGAUAGCAAAUGAGCUUGCGACGAAGGCAAACGAUAUCGCCAGUGACGCGGAGGAACUUGCAAAACAAGCAAACAAUAUGACUUUAAAAGGCAAUUGUCUAAAUGGGGCAGCCACGUUCAUGAAUAUAUUGCAAUAUUGCCAGUCAUCAGAAGAUCACCCUGUUGAGUCUUGUGUUCAGCUUACGCACCAGUUUAAGGAGACAGAAGCUUCAGAAGAUCGAUUUUUUGCCGCUAUGGCGGCUGCAAUUUUAAAAGACAUCUCUGGAUGUUAUCCAAACGACCAUUAUACCCCUGGACCAGCCACGACCAAUACCCCUUCCGCUACAUCCAGGAGUGCCUCAACAUCAUUGUAUCCAAUAAGUCAAGAAAGCUUAAAUCUAACAACUCUGAUCACCAUUACCUCAGUCGUCACCACAACUCUUACAUCCAGCAGAACGUCAACUGUCGCUGUGGUUGCUCCGAGCUAUCAACCCUCUACCUCGAGUCUUGGCACUGGGGCCGUAUCCAGCAAUACAUCAUCGCUGAACUCCGAGGCACAGAUUAGAGGGGCGGGUCCUGUUGUGGGCGGCGUCAUUGGCGCUGUUACUUUGGUCAUGAUGCUGUGUCUCUUCCGGUACUAUGUAUACAAGUCUAGAAAAAGGCAGAGCGUGGUAGCCAAGAAGAUCAGUACGGCAACUUUCGAUAGUUCUAGUCAAAGUUUCCCUGACCAUGGCAAACUUCCGUAG